UAAGUUGGUUCUUAAUUCUAUGGCCAUCCGGCAGCGAACCUCUGUGGGGCCCUCGUUAAUUUUUUAUCAUUGUCAUUUCUUGUUUCAGACUGAAUUUACUAUUGACCCAACUUUAGAGCAAGCUUCUGAAGAGACGUGACUUAGGAGGGAAUCGGCCAAGGUCCUCGCAUCGACUCGUUGAGCGUGAUUCAGCUGGUGUUGACGCAUGUUUUGGAGCAGCUGAGCGAUGGACUUUAGCGUCAAGUCUUUCAAAGGUUUUGCGACAGAAGCUGCAACCGUGUUCACCAGAGCCGUUCAGUACACCGAGGAACGACUGGGAACAUCAGACAAAACUGAACUUGAUGCACACUUUGAGACGUUGGCUCAACGUUCUGACAGAACCAAGUAUUGGACUGAAAGGCUGGUUGGUAAAACAGAAGCAGUCCUUCAACCCAAUCCAAAUGUGCGGGUAGAAGAUUAUCUCUUUGAAAAGCUUGACAAGAAGCGAGACAGGCUAAAUAAUACUGAGCUACUGGGCCAAGACAUGAUAGACGCUGGAACCGACUUUGGUCCUGGCACCUCUUACGGGAGUGCCCUCAUCAAAGUUGGGCAGGCUCAACAGAAGCUGGGCCAGGCAGAGCGAGAGUUUGGCCGCCUGGUGCACACAAACUUUGUCCAGCCACUAAGGAGGUUUCUGGAUGGAGACAUGAAGACAAUCUUGAAAGAGCGUCGGCUGCUUGGAAACAAGAGAUUGGAUCUAGAUGCUGCAAAGAACAGACUUCGUAAGGCCAAAGCUACUGAUCCAGCAGCCUCCAAAGUCAAUCCUGACGUUCUUGAGAAAGAAAUUCAACAGGCAGAGAAGGAUGUGCGUUCCUGCCAGUCUGACUUUGACCGUCAAGCUGAAAUCACUAGGCUCCUGCUUGAAGGAAUCUCAAGCACUCAUGUGAACCAUUUACGCUGCCUUAGUGACUUCGUAGAGGCCCAAAUGUCAUACUAUGCUCAGUGUCAGCAGUACAUGGCAGACCUGCAGAAAGAACUGGCCAACAUGUCCAUUGCCGUUGGAACAGGUAGCAGUGGUGAUGGCAGUCGCAGUGGCUUCCAGGGUGCUUUCUCAUCACCUACAGCCAGUGCAGGUAGUCCAUCCAAUGAUGUCAGCACAUUUAUCAACAGCAACCAGAAGCGGGCACGUGUCCUUUAUGACUAUGAUGCUCAUGACAACUCCGAGUUAUCACUGAUGGCUGAUGAAGUUGUGGGGUGGCAAUGUGACAGAGGGCAAAGGUGAACAUGACUAUUGUCUCGCCAUGAAGAUGGUUAGCUGCGGUGAUGCUAUGGUGGCCUGCAGCCAGUUCAACAUGCAGCCUGUUCUUCAUGAAAAUUCCCACUGUGUAUAAAAUGCAGAGCACCGGUAAUCAGCAAAUGGCACUAAAUGACAUAUUUUUCAAUAAUGAACGUAUCAGACGGCGGCAUGCGUACUGAGACCUGGCAGGGACACUUGAAGAUGAAGCUGUUGCCCGCGGUGUUUACUAAAAAUUACCUUUUUUCUCAGUUUCUGAUAAUUAAAAUUUUGGUUUGGUUGCAAAUAUUCACUAGCUGUAUCUCUGCCUUAAGAGCAGCCUGAGCUGUAAUUUUUGUUGUGGCAUGUCACUGAAUGUGUAGAGCACACAAUGGUAGGAGUUAAUUUUUAAAUUUGGCUUCUGAAAAUUUUGCAUUUCCCCUUCAACUAGAGCAUCAAGUGACAAUGUUUGCAACAUGAAAUUCAAAGUGCUCUAAAGUAACAAAAAGUUAUCACAUCUGUAGAAUACUCCUACCAUUGCAUCUAUUAUGCUUUGUAGUAUCUAGGCAUGUGCUGUUCAUUUUCAUUAUCUUUGGAAAUAGUUGACCUACAGAAAAGGUAAUCAAAUUUUUAAAGCAGCUUGAAGAACUCGGUCAGAUUACCAAAUUUCAUUAAAUGAACUUAAAAAAAAAUUAAUCUAGACCAGACCUCUACGGGUCUCCUUCAGACCUCCAGACUCUUAAUGGGGUAGUCACACUAUGGACCAAAUUUCGUGGACAAGCAUGGCGUGGCUGAGCCGUGUAGUGCUUGUCUGCGGAUUUUGGUAUGUCGUGUGAAUAUUCCAUGAGAUGCGGUACACUAAAGGGGCGAUACACCAAUGAUAGGCCAACCAGUCAGCAUACUGUGUCGUUGACAGACCAUUUUAUCAUACUAGGCCAGCAGCGAUGCAACUGACAGCUUCUAGUCAUCAUAGAGCAAAGGGCUUUUGAGCCGACAACGCCGUUACGAAAUCAGUCUGCUGAUAGUCCCAUAUCCCUGUGCGAAUGCCGCUUAGUGAACUGACAAUGCAAUAGCCAAACUGCUUAGCUUUGCUUGUAUAUGCAGUCAGCAUCCAAUUUUUCUGAAUCCCUAAGGACUGUGAAAAUGUCCGAAAAAAAUGAAUGCGUGCCUUUAACUGCCCUCAAGGGCUUAAAUUGCCACAGCCACGCCUCAAAAGCUUUAAAAGGCCCCUCACCAAGCCACAUAGCAAAUUUCAGUUAUAUGCUGGAAGUUAUGUGUCCUCUAGGAAGUGUUCUCCCGCAAAAUAUUUCAAAUUGGUUUGUUUGUUUGUUUGUUUGUUUGUUUGUUUGUUUGUUUGUUUGUUUGUUUAUUUAUUUAUUCAUUUAUUUAUACUGUCAGCCCACGACGGGCUAUUACAGGAGUGGAUUUAACAUACAUAAACAGAGAAGUGCAUUAGUGCGCUUGAACAAUGCACUAAAAAGAAGAAAAAGAAAAUGUAGUAGCACUGCUGAUAUGAAACACAUUAACAGUAUAAUUACAGAGCACAAUUUGACUUAUUAUAUCACAAUGUUAGUGCAGAACAUCAGGGUGCAUCAGGGUACAUAAGGCAGUGUAUUGCUUCCAAGAAUGCAUUAAUUGAUUUUAACUGGACAAUUGAAUCAGGCAAAGAGUUCCACUGCUGAAUUGCCCUGGGAAAAAAACUAUACCUGAAGCAGUCAUUGUGCACUGUGGAAGGAGGUAUAUACUUACUGUGUCUGUGCCGUGAUGUUUCCUGUGUCUUGAUUUGGAAGUACUUGUAUCUUAUUUUGACAUGGUUAUGAAUUACUAAGAACAGGAAUUUAAGCCUUUCAUACUCGGUACAAUUUUGCAGAGGUGGUAGCUCUGCAAGUUUACAUAAUUCAGUUGGAGAGUGAAAACGGUGGUAUUUAUUAAAUAUAAACCAUUAUGGGUCUUAGCAAGGUUUUGUAAGCUAAAAUUUUAAUUUCAGGUGAGGCACAGUGUAGGUUACGUCUUAGCACCCACAAUACUUUGUUAGCUUUUGCACAAAGCUCAUUUACGUGAAGAUUCCAACGCAAGUCGGGUGUAAAUAUAAGACCUAGGUAUAUAUAUUAACUCGAGCAAGUUCAUGACCGUGGAUACUGUAUGAGAAAUUUAGAAUAUUCUUUUUUCUAGAGAUGGACAUAAAAACCUAUUUAGUUGGGUUAAGCUGCAUUUGCCAACAAUCGCACCAGUUCUUAAUUUUCUGUAAGUCAAGAUUGAGGUAGGCCUGAUCACCUGGUGACGCUAUUCUCUUGUACAAUAUGCAGUCGUCGGCAAACAUUCUUAUUUGAGUAAUGAUGUCAUUUGGCAGAUCAUUUAUAAAAACUAGGAAUAAAAGGGGCCCUAUGACACUACCCUGAGGUACCCCAGAUACCACGGGAGAUAAACUAGAUUGCUGAUGUCCCAGUUGAACAUAUUGUUCUCUAUGUGCAAGGUAGGAAGUGAACCACCGCGUAAGGGAAGAAUUUUAGAAGGUACACUGACACUGAUUUUAAGUAAAAGCUUUCUUUAGGACACCUUGUCAAAGGCCUUUGCAAAGUCUAAGAAUAUUAUAUCAGUUUGGCCCCGGGCAUUAAUUGUGCUAGAAAGGACAUGUACAAGUUCAAUAAGCUGAGUGACAGUGGACAAUCCUUUGUGAAAGCCAUGUUGAUCUGGAAAAAUUAAUUUAAGUUCAUCUAAAUAGGUGAACAGGUGCUUUGAUACAAUGUGUUCUAGCAUUUUAGAACAGGUGCUCGUGAGCGAUAUCGGUCGGUAGUUGCUAGUGCCAGAGGUUGGACCACCUUUAUGUAUGGGCACAAUUUUUUUUCGCUUCCAGGCAGUGGGAAACGAGCCACUAGAAAUGGAUGAUUGAAAAAUUAGUGUUAAAAACUUGGAUCUUCAUUCAGCAUAUCCAUAAAGGAAUUCAUUGGGGAUUUCAUCAGGACCAGGACUUUUUUUUAUAUUAAUGUGAAGCAACAGAUUGAAAACACCCUCUUCUGUAAUCUUGAUAUUCUGAAUAGAAAGUAUGUCCGCAUAAUCAUUGAUGGUAGGCAAGAUACCGUGAUCGAUGGUAAAAACUAAGGAAAAAAAGGAGUUAAAUACUGUGGGGAUGCGCGACUCUCACGCGUCCCCUGAUAUGUUGUUUUCCCGCACGGCUCGCGUGGCCUGGCGCCCGUGGCGGUCGGAGUGGUUGAGGCGCGGUACAAGAGAAUGGUGCGAGUGUUGCGCUGCUAACGCCGCCGACAGGCGAGGUUACUUGGGCGCCGAAAGACAAGGCGCUUCCUCUUUGGUUCGGGACAGCAAGCAGUACGGACGUGCCAUACCGCGCGUGCGCCGAUCCAUGCUUCUGCGAGACCGUCUCGCGUGGCCGCCUUGGAACGCGCCACCGUUCACGUGACCGUACAUGCGAACGACCAGGCGUUGGGAUCCAGCAUGGGGCGAACAUAUUCGCUUGCUAUCCGGUCACGGUGAGUCGGACUCCUAGAUUUGUCGUGCGCCCAUCGGCAUGUUUUGGGGAUAGCAACUCGGCUAGCAGGCAUUGAUCUAUGAAACGUGCAAUAAAUGCCCUUGUGAUUGUUUGCA